AGUGAGCGAUCCGGGGAGAUUGAAGAAGAGGAGAUGCGAGCGCCAAGCGCCAAGUGAGAGUUUGGCGCAACUUUGAUGAAGAUCACGGAGCUGUGUCGUACACAAGGACCAUCCGUAUUUAAACCUGCUGCCGAGCCUCACAGAGGACAGCAUCACCUCAUCUCCACCACUUGUCCUAGAUGUUAUAGGAGAGGGGGGGGGAAAUCAGUUUUAACUCUCGCAGAGAAGUGAUUCGUUUAAAUAAGGUUGUGUUUGUGUGACUGCCGACCAACCAUGAUCCUGAACACCACAGACUUGGGCUGGGAUACUGAAUCCUCAGGUGCAGACCCCUUCUUCCCGCCAGACCAGCUGGGAAGGUCAUCUACCUAUGAAGUCCCACCUCUCACAGUGUGGGGUGUGGCCCUUUGUGUUUCAGGGACUCUCAUUGCCACUGAGAAUGCCAUUGUAGUCACCACCAUCCUGGCCACCCCGUCUCUUCGCGCUCCUGUCUUCUUGCUGCUUGCCAGCCUUGGAAUGGCUGAUCUCCUGGCUGGUGUGGCACUGAUUCUGCACUUCCUCUUCAUGUUCUGUGUGGAGCCCAGUGACUGGUCAGAACUGCUCACCUCAGGAUUGCUAGUGACAUCGCUUACUGCCUCUCUCUGUAGCCUAAUGGGUGUUGCCUUGGACAGGUAUCUGUCUCUUAGCCAUGCCCUCACCUAUGGCUCAGGCCAAUCACGCCGCAGAGCUGCUGUCCUCCUGUUGCUGGUCUGGUUGGGUGCGUGUGUUAUUGGGAUGGGGCCAGCAAUGGGAUGGCACUGUCUUGAAGAGCCAAAGUCAUGUUCUGUAGCACGACCUCUGACCAGGACAUACCUAUCACUGCUGUGUGGGGGCUUCCUAGUGGUUGUAAUGGUAACCCUACAAUUGUAUGCUGGGAUCUGUCGUGUGGCAAGGCGGCAUGCCCAUGCCAUCGCUACCCAAAGGCAUUUCCUCCCUUCCAGCCAGUCAUAUGCAAGCAAGCACAGCAGUGGAAGAGGCUUCUCUCGGUUGAUCCUGAUCCUCAGUGUGUUCGUGGGCUGCUGGAUGCCCUUCUCUCUCUGGGGGCUUCUGGGAGAUGCAUCCAGCCCUCCUUUAUACACCUAUGCCACCUUGGUGCCAGCAGCAGGCAGCUCCCUGCUGAACCCCAUUCUCUACAGUCUGAGACACAAGGACAUUCGCAAGGUGCUUCUCCACGCCUGCUGCCCACACAGAUACUCACACAGCACACACAUACAUUACCCUGUUGAUGUGUAAACUGCCAAACCUCAGCAGACUCAAACAACAAAAUCUAUGCCAGACAUAUCACUGUUUGUGUGCCAAAAUACAUUCAUUGCUGCACUGACUGUCACUCGGAUCCAGAACGAGGAGUCUCUGACACAUACGUACUCCCACACACACAGGCAGCACUUUUCAGAGAUAAAGUCCUUCUACAAAUCAGAAUGUACUGAACUGUCCUGGCUGGCAGCCAUCUUGGGACAAAAGAUACUGUUUGUACUGUGAGUCUCAUCCUCAGUCAGUUGUAGCUCCACUGGAUUCCCAGAAUAAAACAAUCACAGAGAUACUAUAAUGUGUAUUUAUUUAUUUAUAUAUAUAUAUAUAUAUAUAUAAAUAAAGUGGACUUAAUGAGUAUUGGCACUUUAAAAGAAAGAGGGUGGGAUGGAUUAUAAGUAGAAGCCUGUCACGGUGUAAUGACAUGUGAUCCAAAGCCUGAUUUUAUUUACUUGAAUGUCUGCAAAGCAAAAUGUUCAAUAUCUUUGAGAUUAUAUUUUGCACAUGUUGUUAAAUGCACUUUGAAACAUACUGACCAUAUGUUCAGAUUGCACAACCAUUUUUUGAAAUGAAUUAAUA